AUGAAUGAAGACGUUAUUCCUACAUCUCCGCUCAAUUGCUUCAUCUAUGAAAGCCCGCAGAUGCCAGCUCAGAAGCUCGCACAAGUAACCCCUAAACGCUACCCUACGCUGUUGUCGUAUGCAGAACAUGUUGGAAAUGCUACAAUUGUGGAGCACAUGAAAGAAGCGCUGAAUGUCAGAUCCCUGAGGUAACACGUAGAGUGUAAACGUGAUUUGUACAACAAGUUUGUCAAGGUCACCACAAAGUCAACUCGUAAGUGCGACCUGUUUUCCUAGGCAGGGAAAAGUCAAUUAAUAUUUUUUCAAUACUGGUUGUAUUUCAUGUCAGCAAUCUUCUAAAAUAAUUCACAUUUCAUUUAUUUGUAGGCGCAACAUCAGCGGGGGGAAGAGUCAAUACGGACGAAGAGACGACGUAUUUUCUCUGGGUCCAGUGCAUCUAGUGCAUGUAGUUCUACGAGUUCACGUUUUGUUCAGCUUCUGUACAAUGAUGUAUGCAUUCUUUGCAACCAGCCCGUUCACCUUUACCCAAAUAAUCCAGGUUGGAUUGAGGGUUGUACAUGUAACUACAGUAUCUUAUCCAGAGCAAUAAGCAUCUAUCAGUAUGACUGAUGAUAGUAUAUGUGUAUCAACAUUAUCUAUUUAGAACGUUAUUAUUAUAAGUAUUCACAUUUUGCUCAAUAUUUUUAUAGUUAUUAUUAUAAGUAUACCAUUUUGCUCCUCUUCACUAAUUUUGUAACGAUUGCUAGAAAGAGAUACAGAGUUCCUAACAAUUUGACUGCCGAUAGAUUGAAAAAUAGCUUGUUGAAGACAGCACACGAUCGCAAGGACGAUUGGGGCACUGAAGUUGUUGGCCGCCUGGAAGGGAUCGGCGAUUUUGUAGCAGAGGAAACCCUGUAUCAUUUGCGCUGCAAAGUUCUUUUCGAGACGAGUGGUCACUACUCCAAGACUAAAGAUGUAUGUAAUCUAAAAGUAUGAUUCUGUUUCAGUGAAGUGAAUCUAAAUUCAGUCAUUCGAAGAUGAGGCAUAUUAUCAAACCAUGCUACUUAAACGUUUAUAAUUAUAACAACCUUUUAUCUUCAGGUAGGAAGGAAAGUCGAUGAAGAACGAACUGCUGCAUUCUAUGAACUCUGUGAAUGGUUAGACCUGGAACUCGAGCACGGGGUAAUGACACUCGACCAAAUCCACGAAAGCUGCUGGAGUUUGAUCAAUCACCAGAUCAGAGCCUCGCAUACUCGAAGAAGUGUCUGAAGAAGAAGCUCCAAGAAAAAUACCAUGACACACUGUAUUUCACGUCACAGGAGAGGAGGGCAGAUGUGCUGUGUUUCAGAGACAGGACCAGCAACAUUCUGCGAGAGCAUCAUGCUAAUAUCCAGUUUGGAGAUGAGAAGACUCAUAUCAUUAAGACAACCAUAAAGUUCAUUUGCAACGACAUCGCUACUAUGGAUCUAGAUCCAAAGUUUUACGCCACUGCACACACUAUGACCAAUAUUUCUAGUCAGCUGUCAUUUGUUCCUGAGAGCCUUCAGAUGUUCUUACGACCGAUAGUGAAGACAGACGAAAGAGUAGCGUUUAGGGGACAAAACUUCGUAAAGGCCUAUCAGCCUAGGUCAAGGGUAUUGCCAUACGAGAUGGGUCUUGUUAUACAACUCGAUCACAGAAUUGGAUCAAAGUGGAUGCUCAACAAGUUCCACCGAUUGGGGUAUACUGAGUCUUACGCAGAGACACAGAGUUACAAAUAUUGCUACCUCAAUGAGAAGAAUGGAAUAUGCAUCUAAUUAAGGUGCUUCUGGUGCUCUUGGUACCAUCACUGAAGAAACUGAUAAUCAAAUAGAUGAUGAGGUAGAGGUUGACGUCGAACUUGAAGAUCUCUCAGUUGCUGUGACAGCUGAUGAAUGUGGAAUACAAAGUGACGAUCUGGUGGUCUCUAUGGAGGCUGAGGAAACAAGCUCAGUUGGUGCAGUCACUCAGUUUGUUGGAGAUAAUAUCGAUUUGAACAUUGUUUAUAUUUACGAAAACACUCCUUUUCAUUCAAUGUGUUUAAUAAAAGUCUCCUCUCCAGCGCCACAUUCGGGAGAUGAUCGGACGAAAACAGCUAUCAAUGGGGUGAAGUUGAAGACACUCGACAAGGCUAAGAUCUUCAAGGCUGCUGAAAUUAAGAUUCUUCCAUUUACGAACAGGAAACAGACAGAGAUAGGCGCCAUCACGUUUCUUUCUAUUGCUGACCUCGCCUCCUCCGUGGCACAAGAGCAGCCACUACUCUCUCCAAGAGAUACGCUCUGGACAGCAGUGUGGGUGAUCAAAGCCAAAGAUCCCGAAUUCCAGCACUCCAACUGUAAUUGCUGGAUCAGGAGAAUCCAUGCAGAUGAUGCCAAAGAGAGCACGCAUGUAGACUUCCUCCCGGUCAUCGAAGGUGACCCUAAUGACCACAGGACUAUCUUCACCACUCUCAAAGAGUGCAUGAGGCUUUGCGGAGACGAAGCUGCCAUAGUGACCUUCGAUCUCCUAAUCUGGCUCAAGGCUGUGGAUAUCAUCAAGCAGGCGAAUCUCCCAAUCAUUCCAAGGUGAUGACACUGUGUGUGCAAGAGGGAUGAAAUUCAUCGUUAAGUUAGGCAAAUGUUAGGUUAAGAUAUGUUACAUAAGUUUUAAUCAAUUUUGGUAUUAUCAACUGUAGGUGUGAAAGUUUUUUUAUGCAUUGUACUAAUUUAAUAAUUUUUGGUGUACAAAUUUUAAGUGUCAACACCCAGUAUUCUACAAGCACGAAAUCGAGCAUUAAAAAACUGAGAAUCAUAUAGUUUUUUUCCAAGUCUAAGUAUUGAUUGAAUUAUGUAAUUAUAACUAUUUAUAUGAUUUUUCUAUACUUCUCCAUCAGGUUGGGUGGAUUUCACCUGCUAAAGUCCUACCUCGGAUCUUUAGGUAAGAUCAUGGAGGAUUCUGGACUUCUAGAGUUUAUUCAGCUGAUUUAUCCGGGAAGUACGACGGCCGAUCACAUCCUGUCUGGAGGGUGUUUCAUGGCCAGAAAUGACGGACAUUGUGCAAGCGUACCAGUCGGUCAGCGGCUUUUCCGUUUAUCCACAGGAAUUCCUAAUUAUCCUUUUACGACCUAUCAAAGCAUCCGGAAUUUCAAAUAUUCGCGUGGGUGUUGUUUAUAAAGCAAAGCAUGAAGUAUGCACUCAAGUUGUGGCCUUCAGUGUACUAGGUUCAGGGUGUAGCUAAGCAAUGACUACGGGAACGAAAAGAGAAGCUUUCGACGAGUAUUUUGGUACCAAACAUGUAGCAACGCAAUCAAUAUUUCGAGUUUGGCAAGCGAAUGAAAUAUCACUUUUCGACCGCGAAGUAAUAUUAUAAUAUGCAUAUUAACGCACCGGCUUGCAAAUUUCAAAACAAAAAAGCAGAGCUUUUAUCGGGUGUAACAAAAUAAUAAACGGCGGAAGGCAAGGCUAUACUAUUCGUCAAAAUAAAAUGAUUUCAACAAAUUUCGAUAAUUGAAUAUAUUACGAGAUAUAGCCUUUUGAGCAAGAAACCUUUAUAGAUUCCUAUGUAAAAUGAGGUAAAAUGUUCUAAUAUUCAAUCGCAAAAAGCAGAGCGAGUAUGCAAAGAAAUGAGGACAUUUUUUCUUAAUGUGUUACUAUACGACCGCUACUUCUGGAACCAAUUUCAACAAAUAUUCAAAGAUUUAUAUAUAGCAUGCUAUAUUGAAAAUACUCUGCUCGCCUGAUAAUAAACAUAGGGCAUUGCGCCGCCAUUGUUGCGUGGAUGCUCGUGGUAACCUGAAACCUGAGAAAUGAAAAUGUCCGUGAUUUCUGGCCAUGUUGACAAGGCGAUCCGUGCUCACGUCCUGAUAGAUGAAGCCAUCUGUCAACACGUCAUGAAAAACGCCUUCACUGAUGAAGAGCUUGAUAAAAUGAGAACCUUCAUGGAAGAGGUAGCCGAUGGGAAAAUGGGAGCCUGUCACACAGCGCCAAUAGUUGCAGCGUUUGAGCAGAGGUUUCUCAGAAAAUUUCAAAAGACUCGCCGAUGGAGGAAGAACACCUGCAUUCUGGGUGCAGUACCACUACAUGGUCGAUGUCCUCAAGAUCUUCAUCAGAACUGA